UGAGUUCAUUGACGAAAUUUUUUCUCAACUGUGCAGUACGCUCAACACGUCCACGGAAAAGUUUUUCUUGCAAAGUGAAGUAGCAAAACAAUCAGCGUGAAGUUUAGUAAAAUGGCCCCGAAAACCAGUGGAAAGGCAGCGAAAAAGUCCGGAAAGGCGCAGAAGAACAUUUCCAAGUCGGACAAGAAGAAGAAGCGCAAGACCCGCAAGGAAAGCUACGCCAUUUACAUCUACAAAGUGCUGAAGCAGGUCCAUCCCGACACCGGCAUUUCGUCGAAGGCCAUGAGCAUCAUGAACAGCUUUGUGAACGAUAUCUUCGAGCGGAUUGCGGCGGAAGCGUCCCGGCUGGCACACUACAACAAACGCUCCACGAUCACGUCCCGCGAGAUCCAGACGGCGGUCCGGCUGCUGUUGCCGGGUGAGCUGGCCAAGCACGCCGUGUCCGAGGGUACCAAGGCCGUGACGAAGUACACCAGCUCCAAGUAAACACAGCUACGAGUGACGAACGGACAGGAGGAAAGAGAGUAUGAACGGCGGUUGUGUCCGAUGGACGGAGAAGGAUGGAGCCUCUUUCGAGCCGCGUUCCGGACGACCGGUGAACCAGCAGGGAAAUCCUUGUGACCUGCCGGCAUUAAGGAAGGAUGGAGCAGUGCAGUGACGACUGGAAGAGAGGUCCGUUUGGCCGCCACCGUGUCGCCCUCUGGAGCUCCGGACACCUCUCAUCAUCAUCAAUAUACACGUACACACUAUUAGCCGUUAAGAGUUUCUAUUUAGAGAUGUAAGUUAUCGCUCGAAAUUAUUUUAACCAAACUAAUGUAACGGCGGCUGCGUAGCCGGAAUAUGCUGGAAGGAAUAAAAAGUGAAAUCACUGAAUGUAAAUACUCGGUAAAACAUA